AUGAAUUUCAAUCGGCGAGCGAAAUCAAAGCGACUUCAGGAAGCAGAAGUUGAAAAAGUGAAAUUUGCUCAAGCAAGCGCAAUUGCAGCAGCAGCUGUUGCAAAUGCAGCCGUAAGUGGUACUUCAAAAACCUAUAUUCCAUUCGCUUACAAUCCUCACUGGUGA